AUGGAUGUUCUGGAGGAGAAGGAGGAAGAGGAGCAGAGAGAAGAAGAGGCGCUGAAGGCUUUGGAGAUCAGUGACAACCUCCAGGAUGUGGAGACCAAGGUGUCUGUGGAGAAAGUCUGUGUCCCAAGCGAUGUUCUUGAUUUUGACUGGAGCUCCAUUGACACAUCCCAGUUACCGUCUUCGUACAAGACAAAUUCCCCGAAGGAGAAGAAGCUGCUGCGCGUCGCUGACCAUUUCCUCCAGCAGUACACUCACCUCUGCCCCGACCGCAAGCCGCUCUUACUGCCCCCAGUCAACGAGUGCGGCGUGGAGAAGUUUGUGAGCACAACGGUGAGGCCAACCCUGCUGCCUUACACCGAGCUGUACCGCUGGGAUGGCUGUGCCAGCUUCGUCUCCGAUUACCUCACCAUGGAGCCCCUCAGGCCCCCUGUUGCACCGCCUAGUUCGCUCUAUUCUCCAACCACCAUCCUGAAAUACCAGCGAGGGAACUGCUUUGACUUCAGCGUGCUGCUGUGCUCCAUGCUGAUCGGGGCCGGGUACGAUGCCUACUGCGUGCACGGGUAUGCCACCCGCGAGAUCUGCACCCUGGACGAGACCCUGGAGGUGUGCCCACUGCUCAGGAACCCACAGGAGGUACCAAACGAGGGGAUGAAGAAGCCCAGCAACUAUAGCAUUAAGCUCCCACUAGACAUGCAGAGCAAGUUUGAGCUUCAGCAGGAGGCCAAGAAGGCGGCAGAAACUGAAGCUGCUCAAAAGAACGAGGACAGAGAAGAGGAGAAGGUCACGGAAGUGGAAAAGCCCAAGCGUGACCCUUUGCAUGGUUUACGGGUGCACGCUUGGGUUUUGGUUCUGCCUGGGAAGAGGGAGGUUCCCGAGACCUUCUUCAUCAACCCCUUCACGGGAAACAGCCACAGCACCGCGGACGAGCAAUUCCUUGGGAUCGAGAGCGUCUGGAACCACAAGAACUACUGGGUGAACAUGCAGGACUGUGGGAAUGGCUGCAAGGAUCUCACCUUCAACUUGGGCGAUGCUGUCUGCUGGGAAGUUUUGCUCCCGGGGAGAAACUGCCCUCUUCAGCUGCACCCAAGUGCUGAGGAGGAAAGGGAGUUACCUGAUGAGGACAAGGAGGAGCUGCAAGAGGAGGAGAGAGACGUGAAGUUUGACAUGCCGCCGUCGUGGGUAGCCCAAAUUCAGAUAUCUCCCAGAGAGUUGGAGACCCGCUGUCCCCAGGGGAGGAAGACAAUCCUGUAUAGGAAGGCCAGGCUGGAGAAGUGGGCACCGUACCUGAAUGCAAACGGGCUGGUGAAGCGCCUCACCGUCUACACAGACUUAGACUGUACCGAAGUAGUGGAGGUGAGGGAGUGGUUCAAAAACCGGGAAGACAUGUUGGAUACGAGAGAAGUGAAUAAACAGACGCAGCUGACCACAGAAUACUUCAGCCCAGGACACCUCUUAGCUCUUAAAGCUCACACCUACACGUCGCUGGAACCAGAGACUGACCGUACGAUGGAGUUCUACCACAAGGUGCGAGUCGAUGGCCUCCAGAAACGCGUUGAAAAUGCUACCGAGAUGACGGAGUACUUCGUGGGGCGGGAUGACUUCCUCCACGUCCGGCACGUGGCGUUUGGCAGAAGAGGAGAGAACAUACCCUUGGCUGGCCCCACCACUGACGUCAACUCCCGGCCUAUACUGCAAAUCAAAGAGUGUUUCCACAGAAACCUAGAAAAGCCGGCUGAUGAAGAUGUCGCAGAACGUAUCUUUCUGAUCAAAGAGAACAGGAUCCGUCUGACGUAUCAUCUCAAGGACAGACACAUCACUGCCUCAAAGAAGGACUUCUUCAAAGUGUCAGAGAGGGGUAGGACAGGCAAAGAAAUCAUCCUGACCCCAGAAAUGUGCACCAUAUACGAGGCGGGCUCCCCUCAGAAAGAGAAGAAGCUGCUCCGGCUGUACGAGUUGUUGAAGGAGCUCAGAGAGGAUGACAAGCAGCUGAAGCAACAAAUCCGGCGCUCGGAAGCAGAGGUGUUACAGAUUUUGAAGAUCCGUGAGGAUGAAGAAGCCGCUGUCAAAUUGUCCGUUUCGAUUUAUGAUACCGAGAGGAACGAAAAGAGAAGACAAGAGUACGAAGCCAUGAAGAACGCGAUGGCGAACGAGCUCCGGGGAGAAGAGGAUCCGGAUUACCUGGCCCCUUUCCUCACCCGGGUCAGCCACCAGGAGACGAUGACCAAGGGGAAGGCCCUGCGCGUCCGAGAUGACUGCCUGGCGGAUCUUAAGCGUCGUCUCGUCGAUCGAGCGAACAUCAUCCAGGCUCGCUUCGACAAGGCAGUGGAAGAGCUGCAGAAGAAGGACCAGUGGUUUCAGGAAAACCGGAGUCGGCUCAGCGCAGAGGAGGAGGAGGAAUUCCUCGCCCGUUACUCCGAAACCACCUUCCACAUCCACAUCCUGGCGCUGAGGCUCAGCAGGGCAAAGCAGACGGCGCCACAGAAAUACCUCGCUCUGGCAGAGAGGCUGCGCAGGGACCCUCGCCUCGCGGAGCACCUCGGGCACCCCUGA